AGUAUGGUUGGCGGUAAUGGCGGCUUGUUUGAAAUGUAUUCUGCGCGAUCGUGUCUUCUUACGCUAGAGCGUAAACAACUUUGUCAUUUAUUCUUAGAUCAAUACUUAGAGGAAUAAUGGAUUUAAAGAACAAGAACUCAGGGAAUCCACUAUUUCCACGAUGAAUGUGUUUUUGGGAUAUGUUUUGAAGAAGUACGGACCUUCGAAGAGUUCCCAGGAGACACUUUGGUUGUCAGAAUUCUACAAGAGUCUACAGGUGUUUAUAUAUGACAAACAGAGGACGUCUCUCAGAUGUGAUGAGCUUGCUCUUGAAGUAUUUGGGAGAAUCAGUGAGCUUAUUCCUUCAAGAGAUGCCGCUGAUAAGAGGAGCUUGUACUCUAGUCUGUGUGAUUACUCCAUCAUUUCACUCAAGCAGUUGUCGUCUGAGAAGGAGAUUUGCUCUGGCCAACUGAGAGGUGAUACUAUUCAAGUUACAGAUGACUGCUUUGGUUUAAAACCUCUUGAUUUUAAAAGUCCGUUAAUUCUCCUGGGCUUUCUGAGGUGUCCACCCUCAUCUUGUGGCUCUUUGUGUCUUGAGGACAAUACAUCACACCUACCCCUAGAGGUGAUUGGUGCUAAAGUUCACUACAUCAAUAAACUUGUUAUUUUACCAAGAUGGGCAUUUAUUCCUUCACCAGUAAUGGGCAACAAAGCAGCAACCAAUUUGUCUGGCUACCUGGAGGCCGAUGUCUGUAUACCAGUGUGUGAGGCCCCACCCUUGGUGUAUCAAGUACCUUGGAUCUCAUUGUCUACUUAUUUUUCCCAGUCAAAUAAAAAGACAAAUGAAAUCAAUUUGUGUGGCAAAGUCAGUGCUAUUAGUCCAAUACACAGCUUGAUGCAGAGCAAGCCAUUCUUCUUUGUGCAGCUGACAUGCACAGAAAGCGCCAUCACAACAUCGCUAGUGGUCCAGGGAGCCCAACACAUGGUGUGGCACCACUUUCUUCACAUUGAUGACGUUUGUGUGGUGACGUCACUCAGAGAAACUUCCAUGAACAAGGGGAGUAAGAAUGAACGGAAAGUGCUAGCUGCCACGCGUCAUACCAAGUUCAUCAACGCAUCUGAAUGCAUGGAAAGGAAUGGACCGAAGGGAAAGAGAGAGCGUGCUUCCGUGGAUCGUUGUCAGGAAGAGGGGGAGCAAUCUGCAAAGAGGCAGAAGCAAUGCGACGAAGGACACAAAGUACCCGACAGUGAAAAGGGUGUCGUGAGCGUGCCAGCAUCUGGACGGACGCAAGAUAUAAAUGCGAGAGCCGUCAGCCCAACUAUGGUGUGCUACUCGGGUGUGAUCAGCCGUUGCGUUUUUCCUGAAGCCGGUGUCUACGAACUUGAUGGCAGGAUCAUGUUGUACAUUGCUCAUCAGCCGUGUACGGGAUUCGCCCGCGGGAUGCGGGUCGGGGCCCGCGUGGCGCUCUAUAACUUUCAUUUGUGUAAAGCAAACAAGCGUGUUGUGGGAUUUGGCUGCUGUACGUUGAGCACUGUUCGAGUCACGGAGUUCUCUCCUCUCGUGUCUCCAUGGAAGCCAUUUCAGCCCGAGUUCAGCCCUUACGCCCUUCACGGACAAAACCUCAGCCUUGUAGAUUAUGAAGAGCUCUUACAAAUUAGCGAGCAGCUCAGGCUUAAGUUUGCGUCGCUUUGCAGGUCAAGUCAGCUUAUAAAAUACACUCCCCGUAAACAGAGAACUGAGAAUCUGGCGAAUGUCAGCGUCAUUGAGCGGCUGCUCGAAGACGUCAAUGUCCAUCCCACUCGGAACAUCUACCAAGAGUUCCUCGACCAUCCCCACCAUUGUCACCCUAUGAGUAGCAGAAGCCUUUGCCUGCCCAGUCUACUGACGGUCGCUGAACUUCGCGCCAAGGCUGAUGAGAGACUUGCCCGAGUGUCCAGUCGCUCGGCUGAUGAAUGGAGUGCUGUAGUUGCUAACAAUGGGGAUUUAUGUCCAAAUACGUCGCUGAUAGGUGUCAUCAAAUCGCAUCAAGGGUUUUGGCUACUUUACGACAGAACAGGAGAAAUACCCGUACUCAUCUCCAAACCGGACCCUUCCUUUGGGAUCCCUGGUCUCGGUCCGCAUUGGUUCAGAGAUUGCAUCGUGAAACUGAAGAAUUUUAAUGUUGUUACUGAGUUGUUUAAAGACACUUCCCAAGUUACUGGUGUACACACUAGAAGUUAUCUGGAAGUUCAGUAUGGUGACAUAGACAUUCUAGCGCAAAUCAUUGAUGAAGGGAAAACAAAAAGAUUUCCUUUAUGUCCCACGCGGUCUUGUGAUAGAGACGCUGAAAUCACGCGCAACACACGUGGUGAGAUCACGUGUCAAGUGGCAGGAGACAAGGAUUCAAAAGAUUCAUGUCGUUCCCUAGCUAAUAAGACCACGUGUCAAUUCGAAAAAGACGAGCCAGCCACGAGGACAAUUAAUGGAGAUUCUACUUCACAUGAACAAACAGCGCAUUCUUUACGAGACCAAGUCAUGUCUAAAGUGUUGUUCCUUGUUCGUCACCGGGAAAAUCUUCAUUUACGGAAGGAAAAGAACUUAAAACCCUUCUAUGCCUGUGCUGUCGAUAUAAAGAUUGUCGCAAUGGCGACCGAGUCGAGACCGAGUGAAUCGUCAGGCUCAAUUUGCUCUUCGAGUCUUGACAAUAACGUUCCGAGUGCAUCUUUGGAGAGUGCUGGGUCUUUGGUCUAUCCCGAUGAACGUCCGAGUGCUUCUUCGGAGGGUGCUCCAUCUUUGGUCUAUCCCGAUAAACGCCCGGGUACAUGUUCGGAAACUGCCAAAUCUUCGGAUCAAUCUGAUGGCUUGUAUGGCUUUACAGUAAAGCAGAAAAGUGCAGUUCUCUUGCUUGAGGGAGAGUCCACUGUAUGGCACCCUUUCCUCUCCGCCGGAUGCUUUUACGUCCUCGAAGACUCCUCCCAGCCCUCCACCAUCGUCUUCAAGCCGGUCACUCUAUCAGCGGUAAACGUUACCCAGCGCAUGCUUAUACAGACUGUGCCUUUGCGAACUGAUUGGAUGACGUGCCCGUCAUGUGACGAGGUUGUUUGCGCGAUGAGGGCUGCCAUAAAGGAGUUUGAUAAGAAGCCUUUGAUGAGUGUUUAUCAACUGCUCAGUGAUGAUGACGACAAGAGAGACGCAGUCAACCAGCAAAAUUCCGUUGCCGAGCCUCACUUAUCCCAAGUUAGCUUUAGAGGUCGCGUUACACUACGAGAGAUGCGCCAGUCAGGUCUCAAUCGACAGUCUUCCAGGCUUGAUCUACCUCGACUUGGUGCAGUCAAACCCUCAACAGCGCAGAGCAUGGGUCUAGGCGUUUGUUACCUUGGUAACCGCAACGUGUUUCUUCGCGUGAGGGAUCUUGGGUCACCUAAUACGGUAGAUGUGUACCUUGAUCUGAGGGCAUGCCCGUAUGUGGACGGAGUGCGGCCAGGAGCCAUAGUUCAAUUUUGUCGGCUGCUAAAGUCACGGUCUCAUUCCGGUAAUCUUUAUUGCUCCUUCGCUGCCUGUUCCUCGAUCAACGUAGAACACUUUGCGCCCAUCACUCAACCGUGUUUAACAGCCUCCCCGAAGAUGCCAAUAGAGCAUGCGCUGACAGCCAACAUCCCACAUCGAUCGCUGCACGAGCUGAUAUCUAUCCAAUCCAGAGGUUCGUUCCUUCAGACUGUAGCACGCGUGCGCUGUACGGUAACCGCGGUGCAGAAAGUGGCGCUCUCUUGGCGGUGCUUACGUUGCAGUCACGUGGUUGUUAAGAAUGAGUGUUCGUUUGGUUGUCCAGCCGCGGGAUUUCGGUUUGCGGCUGAUGCAAGAUGUCUUAUUGAGGACGGUACAGCGGAGGCUCAAUUGCUGCUUGAAGACGAUACAGUGACGUCACUGCUGAGGUUGUCACAUGAUGAGUUGUCAAGGUUACAAGGUCACGUGAUGAGCGCAGGAGAUUUAUUGUAUCAGCGGCACUCGUACAGAUUCGGGGCUAAACGUGAUCCCGGCUUGGUGACUUCCCGUCUUGCUGCUGCUGACCGCUUACUGGCGGCUCACUGUAGCUCCAUUCUGGUUAAGAGGCAUGUUGUGGCGAAUUGCAAGCAGAUACAGAACAAAAAAGCGACAGAAUGCCAGACCAGCACAAUAAAGGUCAAUCAAGCAGAAUUGUCAACACAAGUUCAACCGCGCCUUCUUCUGAAGGGCCUGGAUCUGAUUGACGUCACACCAGUUGAGGAGAUACGCCUUAUGCUCAAGUUGCCACGGUAACGGACGAAAAUGUAUACUAAGGUACCGUCACGUUCCUGUGAUGUCAGUGAUGUCAGAUGUGAAGUAUGGUGUAUAAGGUGUAAAGUAUUGUAUAAUGUGUAUAAAAUGAAUCCAAUACAGACAUUGGUCCAAAGUGCCAAUAGAUGAGAAAUCAGCUAAAAUGUUUUCGAUGUAAUACUUUAGGUUAAAAAAAGACGGAAGUAGGCUUUUAUUCUCAGUUUAAUGACUUUAGCGUAAAUUAUGCGGAAACAGUAUAACUCAGUGGAGCGAGGGAUGUGAUUACAAAUGAGUUAGUUCCUGCAUCAUCCUGUGUUUUUUUUUUUAGUAAAAAAUGUCUACUGCGUGAUGAUAAGCGCAUUCAAUACCUAUCCCUUUAAAUCCUUUCCUCAAAGAUUUUUUUUGUCAAUUGAAAUUUAAGAACGUGUUUAAGGAGUAUACAGAACACACCAGCCUAAGUCUGGAAAAAAGACUAUAGAAGGAGUACAAUGCUAAUGAGAGUUUAAAUUGUUAUUUCUUUAGAGAAGAUGACAUAUAGAGGUAAAGAUUAUGUACCCUUUGGUAAACGAUAUUUUGUAUUUUAUAUUGUAUCGGGUUUUGAGAUGAUCAAGGGACUAUAGCGUAUAAGUAUUAAGGUCGCUUUCUUGUUUCCUUUUGCUGCGCGCUUCUGAAAUAUGUUCGUCAGUAGCCUCUUGGCUACGGUGCAAGAAACACUUUAGAUUACAAGUGUUAAUGAAAGAUGUGCCGCUUUAGAUCAUCUUUAAGCGCUAUUCAGUUGGCAAGAACUUCCGUUGUAUGAUAAUCUUAAGAUAUUCUUACUCUCUAUCAAAUCUCUGAUCAGAGUUUGAGUCCCGUGACAACUCUUGUAAUCACCGGAAUUCAUAAGGACGUGCGUAUUAAACUUGCUCCUCUUGAGGGCUGACUUCA